UUAAAAACGAACAACUUAUUUGAAAUCCCGCCAAAGUUGAGGUUUUUCUUUCGUUUCUUUCCAGUUAUCUGUUUUUUUUUUAUAUAUAUUUUAUAAAAGAGUUGUUAGCGUUUUUAUUAGAAAGAAAUUAAAAAUUCCGAUUAUCGAAGCGAUUGAAAAUGAAGCCCGAAAAGAUGUACGUAUUUAAACGAGAUGGACGCAAAGAAGAAAUCCACUUUGAUAAGAUUACAUCUCGCAUACAAAAGCUUUGCUAUGGCUUGAACAUGGAUUUCGUUGAUCCCGUAGCAAUCACUUUCAAAGUAAUAAAUGGGCUCUAUUCUGGAGUGACUACUCAAGAAUUGGACAACCUUGCUGCAGAGACGGCAGCUAGUCUCACCACUGGUCAUGCUGACUACGCAAUUCUAGCCGCACGCAUUGUGGUCUCGAAUUUGCACAAAGAAACAAAGAAGGCAUUCUCAGAGGUUAUAAGUGACUUGUACAAUAUGGUCGAUACUGGAACCGGUAAGAAGUCGCCAAUUAUUUCAGAUUUCCAUUACAAAGUUGUGAUGGACAAUGCGGCCAGGCUGAAUUCGGCAAUAAUUUACGACCGUGAUUUCGGCUACAACUAUUUUGGGUUCAAAACGCUGGAGCGGUCGUAUUUGUUGAAGAUCAAUAACAAGAUUGCCGAGCGUCCGCAGCACAUGUUGAUGCGAGUCGCAGUUGGAAUUCACGGAGAGGACAUUGAUUCUGCCAUCGAGACGUACAAUCUGCUCUCCGAGCGAUACUUCACUCACGCCUCGCCAACUUUGUUCGCAGCUGCCACGAGGCGGCCUCAAUUGUCUUCGUGCUUCCUGUUGAGCAUGGUGUCCGACUCGAUCGAAGGUAUCUUCAAAUCAGUCGAACAGUGUGCCAUGAUUUCCAAAUCCGCAGGAGGCAUUGGCAUCAAUGUCCAUUGCAUCCGAGCCAAGGGCACUGGAAUCGCUGGCACAAAUGGAACAUCAAAUGGUCUUGUGCCCAUGUUGAGGGUGUUCAACAACGUUGCUCGGUAUGUUGAUCAAGGUGGUGGCAAGCGCCCAGGAGCAUUCGCUAUCUACCUCGAACCCUGGCAUUCGGACAUUUUUGAGUUUUUGGACUUGAAGAAGAACACCGGUAAGGAAGAGACUCGUGCUCGUGACCUAUUCUACGCUCUGUGGAUCCCAGAUCUCUUCAUGAAACGUGUCGAAGCCGACGAGGAGUGGUCACUCAUGUGUCCACACAAAUGCCCGGGGUUGCACGACGUUUGGGGUGAGAAAUUCGAGGAACUCUACACCCGCUACGAAAAGGAGGGGCGUGCAAACCGAACCAUCAAGGCUCAAACCUUAUGGUUUGCUAUUAUCGAAUCUCAAGUCGAGACAGGCACCCCAUACAUGCUCUACAAGGACGCCUGCAACCGCAAAUCCAACCAACAGAACAUCGGAACCAUCAAAUGCAGUAAUCUUUGCACAGAAAUUGUUGAGUAUUCGGCUCCGGAUGAGAUUGCAGUCUGUAAUUUGGCUUCAAUUGCUCUGAACGCCUUUGUGACUCCACAAAAGAAGUACGACUUCAAGAAACUAAAAGAAGUCACAAAGACGGUUACAAAGAAUCUAAACAAAAUCAUUGAUGUCAACUACUAUCCAGUGCCGGAGGCAAAGAAGUCGAAUAUGCGUCAUCGUCCAAUUGGAAUCGGGGUUCAGGGUUUGGCUGAUGCCUUGAUCAUCAUGCGACUUCCGUUCGAGAGUGAAGGUGCACAGUUGCUCAAUCAGCAGAUCUUUGAAACAAUCUACUACGGAGCUCUGGAAGCAAGUUGUGAGCUCGCCGCAAAAGAAGGUCCAUAUGAGACAUAUGAGGGAAGUCCAGUUAGUAAGGGAAUUUUGCAAUACGACAUGUGGGAUAAGACUCCAACCGACCUCUGGGACUGGGCUGCUCUCAAGGAGAAAAUUGCCAAGCAUGGAGUUCGUAAUUCCCUUCUGGUAGCUCCAAUGCCAACUGCGUCUACUGCCCAGAUUCUUGGCAAUAAUGAAUCCUUCGAACCAUACACCUCGAAUAUUUACAACCGCAGAGUUUUGUCUGGCGAGUUCCAGAUUGUCAAUCAGCAUUUAUUGAAGGACCUAACCGAGCUGGACUUAUGGGAUGACGACAUGAAGAACGAAAUCAUUGCUAGUCGUGGAUCGAUUCAGCACAUCGAGCGGAUUCCAGCUGAGCUUCGUGAGCUGUACAAGACAGUUUGGGAGAUUUCAGUUCGUUCAUCGAUUAAAAUGGCUGCCGAUCGUGGAGCCUUCAUCGAUCAGAGUCAGUCGUUCAAUAUUCAUGUGGCUGAGCCAAACUACGGAAAAUUGACUUCGAUUCAUUUCUUCGGUUGGAAGGCUGGUCUCAAGACCGGCAUGUAUUACCUGCGUACAAAACCAGCUGCUCAUGCUAUCCAGUUUACUGUGGACAAGACAAGAUUGGCCGGAGCGGUGACACAAAACGGCAGCGUCGGAGGCGGCUCACCAAAAUUGACACCCGUCAAAGAACAAAAUGGACAUUCAGUUCCAUCAACACCAGAAGCAGCCGAGCGGGAGAGGAGAAUAGCGGAGAUGGUUUGCUCUCUGGAGAACAAAGAUGCCUGUAUGAGUUGCGGCUCUUAAAUUUUUGUUUUACUUAAUUAAUUUUAAAAUGUGUGUAAUCUUUUUCUUUUUUUCUCAGCUUUUAAUUUAUAAAAAUGCUUGUUUUUGUUAAAAAAAUGGCGUUGUAUCAAAGUAUUGUAUGUUUCGAAAUUUAUGUAUAAAUAAUAAUAAAUUUAAUCCUCCUUAAAGAUAAUAA